AUGUUGCAACCCAGACUUCUGGCGCCCAUGCGGGCGCUGGAACGGGCCAUUGCUCCCUCACUCCGAUCAGCUCAAAGCGCCUACAGGCCGCAAUCCAUCCUCCCACGGUCUCUUACCGCAUCGUUCUCCGUCCCGAAGACCACACCCUCUAUUCCUCGCACCCUCCUCCCAUUCUCACAAGUGCGUUUCGCCUCGCACGCAUCCCAAGGAACUGCCAAUCGACACUCGCGUGACCCUGCUGGAAAGCGUCUGGGUGCCAAGCGCUCAGGUGGUGAAUACGUCGUUCCCGGAUGCAUCAUCUUCCGCCAGCGAGGAUCAAAGUGGUUCCCCGGUGAUAACUGCGGGAUGGGACGAGACCACACCAUCUACGCCACCCAGGCUGGAUAUGUCCGGUAUUACCUGGACCCUGAGCGCCACCCCGAACGUCGGUACAUCGGCGUCGUCUUCGAGAAAGACGGCAAACUUCCACACCCGCGAAACGCGCCCAGUCGGCGCAGGCUGAACAUGGUUACAAUCCCACGAACGGAACCCAUCACAUAUCAGCCUGAUAUGAUCGCCACUAUCGAUGGGAAUGACACUCAGGUUGGCAGCGUCGAGGCCAUCAAUGCCGAGUCUGGCCCUCAGCUGCGCCCUGGUUACAUGUAUCGUGAGGCCAACUGGGUCAUUGGUCGCGCUGCCGAGAAGGCUGGAAUUAGCGCCAAGACAUAUGAUCGCAACAACCGUUGGCUUGCGUGGAGGAAGAGACAGGCGCGUGCCGAGCGUGCUGCCCAGAUGAAGAGUCUUAAGGGCAAGAAGAAGGCUUCCAAGAAGGCCAAAUAA